CGAACAUUCUGAUAUGCUAGUUGGCCACGCUAUACCCUCUCAGUGGUGUAUAUUAUGCCUUGUCUCUUAAUUGUAUACUUUUAUUCCGACACAAAGUUUUCUUAGAGCGAGCUUCACAAAGGAAUUAUUAUACUCGAAGAUUGAAAACUCUUUAUUGAAAGCAAUGGGUAGCAAAGCGGUUGACUUUCAAAAAGGAAUAAAACAAGAACCACAACAAUUCGAAAGGGGUGACUCUGCGAAGCAAGACGACCAAAGCGAACUUAGUUUGGCGAUCGCGAAAGCAGUGACUCAAGUUUUAGAAAGUUCAGACUGGCGUGCUCUAUCCUUCCCGCUCCAGGCAAACGCUGCCAAACACUCCAAAGCAAAAAAUGCCGUGAAAAGACCCAUGAAUCCGUUUAUGCUCUAUGCACAAGCAGCCAGGAAGAAACUUUCAAACCUUUAUCCCGAUCUAAGCUAUGCAAAGUUGAGUAAGACGUUGGGACGCAUUUGGAAAUCCUUGGAUCAAGUGGAGAAACAACCGUUUAUAGACGAAGCCGAAAGAUUACGGCAGAAACAUAAAAUCGAGCAUCCCGAUUAUAAGUUUCAACCGAAACGUCGCGAGAAGAAGAGAGUGCAUUCACCGAAUAGGGAAUCGUUCGAGGAUAGUAAAAUCAGCACAGGUGAUGUUUUAAAGGCCCUAAGCUCAGGUGUGAGCGCCAAACACCACCACGAAUCACAGAGCCACUGGGCACAAACGAUUCAUAACAGUAUCUCGGUUCGAGGUGGUAUCGUACAACAAAAUGGUGUGAGUCCACAAUCCAAUGGUAUUUCCCCUCCUCCGCCAUACUCUGGUACUCCUAGGAGUUGCCCAAGUCCAAUAAUCCCUAAGAUGAGUGCAAAUACAGUGUACGAAAUUAACCCUGCUCCACAUCCCGCCACGAGCAAUAAUCUAACACCUUUCACGUCCAGAUACAUCACCCCACCGCCACCACUGCAACGAGCUCCCACGACAGCGAGUCUUUUCUCACCUUCGUCCUACCGUAUACCCAAAUCACAACUGCCAAAUCCACCUCCAUUCCACGAAAUGCACGGUUUCCAACCUCCAACUACGAUUCAAAAUUACCCCAGCGAUCUGCCGUUGGCAAUUGGGAACUCGUUCAUGAAAUGUUCGCCUCAACUGGCACGACCGCCUCAUUUGACUCCGAGCGAAGACCAGUCGACUAAUUUGUUGACGGGAGUUAAUCAAAUCUUGAGAGAUAUGUUUGGGAAUGAGAAAAGCAGUGUUAUGUAAUUGACACAUUGCGCUUGUAUUUGAAUAAAGACUUUGGUGUUGUAAUGUAUAAACAACACUUGAGCCAGAGAACGCUAAUUUUUAGAGAGGCUGUCUUGAGCAAAAUGCAUACACUGACGAAUUAACUAACUCCAAAUGUACACUUGCUUUUCGCUUCUUCUAUCACAUAAUACCAUUCCUAUUUUAAUAUUUUAUUCCGAAUUCUGGGCUAUAUCAAUACAGUGUAGCACAGUAGGCUGUUGAAAUUGUUAUAUAAACAUGUUUAACAACUGAACAAAAACUCUUUCAAAUUUCGCAAAUUAAACUGUUAGCGAAUCAUUGUUGCAUUAAACAUGGCGCGCGAUGUAAAAUGGUAUUGUAAUAGGUUGUCAAUUCAUAUCGAAAUUAAUAUGGCGUACUUCUGAAGUUGAUGUCUAUAGAAGCUGUUUAUUUUAAGUGUAUAUAGACAUACAGUAUCAGAGAUAUUGGCCUACAUCCAUGCAGUUAGCCGUGUCUGAUUGUUAUACAUAAAUAUUUUUACUACAUAGUUCAAUGUCAGUGAUAGGAGUCGUUACUUGUUAGAUUGAAAAAUAGGCAUCUAAAGUUUAGUUACAAUAUAUUUGUUUAGAACACUAGUCUAAGAAAAUUGUUCAAUUGCAUAAGAAUUUAAUAAUAUUUAAUAUUUAGCUUCAAAAUGAAUUUUUCAUCUGAAGCGAAUUAAGUGAGCUUUUGACUUGCUUAAAUUUUAUGGUGGUUUGUUUUAUAACACUUUGUUAUAAAUUCCAUUCACCGUUAUUGAAUACAUACGUUAAAGAUAUCACUUUAGCAAGGUUUUUACUUUCAUAAAUUUGUUAUUUAAAUAAUUAUUUUACCUUGUACAUAAAUAUACGUAUCAUAAAUUUCCAUUAAAGAUAAAUUUGAUAU